GUGGCACAUAUUGAUAUGUCAAUAAUUGAAGUUUCUUUUCUGCUGUGAUCGUAGCAGAAAGUUAAAUUGCGCGUCGUCGUCGGCGAUCCGCACGCCAAUAUCGAAUUCUGAAAGAGAAGACGAGAAUGCGUUCGCGCUACGGUCGAGCAGACUGAGCGGCAUGUAUGAGAGCACGUGCGGAGCGGCGGCCAGCGGUCAGUGCGGCGCGGCGCAGCACGACGGCGAUGGGGCCGUCGCGGCGACCGCCCGCCCUGAGCCCGCCGCGCGCGACUAUAGCGGCUUCGACAUCGUGAAGGCCACGCAGUAUGGUGCCUUCGACCGCGUCCGCGAGCUCGUGGAGGCCGGCUGGGACGUGAACCAGCCGGACCAUGAGACGGUGACGCUGCUUCACUGGGCGGCGAUCAACAACAGGCGCGAGAUCUGCCAGUACCUCCUGGCGCGCGGUGCACACGUAGACGCGGUGGGCGGCGAGCUGCGUGCUACGCCGUUGCACUGGGCGGCGCGUCAGGGGCACCUGGAGGCGGCCGUGAUCCUUGUGCGGGCAGGCGCAGACCUGACGCGCCGCGACGCGGAAGGUUGCGCGCCGCUGCACCUGGCGGCUCAGUUCGGGCACACGGCGGUGGCGGCGUACCUGGUGGCGGCGGGAGGGGCGGGCGCGGCAGAUGCCGGGGACGCGGGCGGUAUGACGCCGCUGAUGUGGGCGGCCUGGCGUGUGGCAGCCGUAGACCCGGCGCGGCUACUGCUGUCCCUGGGCGCGUCACCGCGCCCAGCCGACCAGGCGCACGGCAACACUGCACUGCACUGGGCCAUUUUGGCCCGCAACUCUACUGCUGUGUCCACACUUGUGCUUUAUGGCAACGCGCCACUGGACGUGCCGAACCUGCGCGGCGCCACGCCGCUGGCCAUGCUGCAGGCCGCCGCAGGCAUCGGCCGAGACUCCUGGAUCGGCAGCAAGGUGCUCGAGAAGGUGCGGGAGCACGAGCUCAAGCACUCCAGGCCGCAUCUGCUGCGGCGGCUACUCUAUGACAAGAAGCUGCGUUGGUGGGUGGUGGUGUUGGCGCCGUUCGUGGCCUUCUACCUCUCGGGGCUGGUGCUGGAGUCGCGCGCGCGCUACGCGGUGAAGGCGCUGCUGCUGCUGGCGCUGUCGGCGGCGCUGCACGCGCUAGGCUCGGCGCUGCUCGACGACGACCUCAAGAACAUCUUCCCGCUCAGCGUGUACCUGGCUACUAAGGCGUGGUUCUACAUCACCUGGGCGGUGUUCCUGGUGGGCGCGGCGGGCUGGCGCGCGACGCUGCUGUUCGUGCUGUGCUCGGGCGCGCUGUGGCACUUCUUCCUCAAGUCCUGGCGCUCCGACCCCGGCGUCAUCCGCGCCUCCACCCGCGACAAGUUCCGGACGAUAAUCGAGCUGUCCGAGGACAGUUCAGGCGGCGGCGGCGCCGGCGCCGGCUUCGACCCGGCGUCCUUCUGCUCGGCGUGCCUGGUGCGCCGCCCGCUGCGCUCCAAGCACUGCUCCGUCUGCAACCGCUGCGUGGCGCGCUUCGACCACCACUGCCCCUGGGUCGGGAACUGCAUCGGAGCCAACAACCACCAGCACUUCAUCGGUUUCCUCGUGAGCUUGAUCGUGAUGUGCGGCUGGAUGUUGUGGGGCGGCGUGCAGUACUACCGCGCCGAGUGCCCGGCGCCGGCGGGGGCGGCGGGGACGCUGGCGCGCUGGGCGCAGUGCAACGCGUGGCUCAUGUGGGUGCUGGUGCACGCCGCCUUCCACAUGUUCUGGGUCACGGUGCUCACCUGCUGCCAGAUGUACCUGGUGGUGUGCCUCGGCAUGACGACGAACGAGCAGCUGAACCGCGGCCGCUACCGGCACUUCGCGGCGCGCGGCGGGCGCUCGCCCUUCUCGCGCGGCCCGCUGCUCAACUGCGUGGACUUCUUCAACCUGCGCCUGUGCGGCCUGCUCGCGCCGCGCCGCGCCGACUGGGCGCGCGCCGGCGCCGGCGCCGCCGCCGCCGCCGCCGCCGCCGACGCCGACGCCGACGCCGACGCCGACUCGGCGCCGAUGCUGCAGCACGUCGUGUGAGGGUCGGCGCGCGCUGCCGCCGGCGAGGCCGUCUAGCCCCCCACUUGAGGCCGCCGCUGCGUCUCUAAGUUUUAU